CCCACACGAGAUAGAGCCGAAGACUCUUUAUUGCGGGUUUAUUCGGUACCGCGAUAUCGUCGAGCCGUACUUUCCAGUGUUGUUUCUGCGGCAGUUGGGGUAUGUCCAGACUGUCCCUCCCCCUAUGUUCACGCCAAUCGAAACCAACCGUAUUUGGGAGUCGAGGCUCUACAAGGUUGAGCAUUCUGAUGUCACUGCAGUAUCUAUGUGGAACCAGUUCCCGGUAUCGCAUACCAUCAACUCCAGUAUGUAUCAGGUUAGCACAAAUGAUCGAACAGAGACGACUGCGGAGUACAUGGAGUGGUACCGUCGGGUUUCCAAUCCUACUUUUUUGGGCGAGAAUCUGCUGGACCAUAACGAGGUCCCUACGCGUGCCAACAGCGACUAUGUAAGUCUCAUGCUAAAUUGUAGUUGUUAUUUGAUUACAAUAAUUUUAUUUUUUUAUGAAUAUUCAUCAUAUCUUUUUUUCCUUCCAUUUUUUGUAGUCG